CCGGAGCGGCCGGGGGCCAGCAGCCCCGGGGGCCAGCAGCCCCGCCGCCACGGCCACUGCGCAUCCGCGGCCGCCGGCACCGGCGCCUCCGGCCAGGAUGGCUCCUCAGAUCUAGACAGGAAGACCAGAGCAGUGCCAGAGAACCCCAUCCGAGUGACAGUGGAAUUGGGAUAGAGGAUCUGCCGUGAGGAUGUCUGAAGCCAAGCCCCUUAGCAUCUCUUUCCUCGUGCUUUCCUUGCUCUCCUUGCACUGGGCUUUGCUCCAGCUGGGCCAGGCUUUUCCCAGCACCUCUGACUACCUCCAGCGGGGCUGGCAGCGGCUGCUGGAGGAAGGGGAGAGCUGUGCUGAGUGCCAGCCAGAGGAGUGCCCGACGCCACGCGGGUGCCUGGCUGGCACAGUGCGGGAUGCCUGCGACUGCUGCUGGGAAUGUGCCAACCUGGAGGGRCAGAUCUGCGACCUGGACAACACCAACCACUUCUACGGCAAGUGUGGGGAGCACCUGGAGUGCCGGCUGGAUGCCGGGGACUUGCGCCACGGAGAGGUGCCCGAGCCCCAGUGUGCCUGCGUCUCCCACCUGGCCCUCUGCGGCUCCGACGGCAAAACCUACGCMCAGAUCUGCAGGUUCCUGGAGGCUGCCCAUGCCCACCCUGAUGCCAACCUCACCGUGGCCCACGAGGGUCCCUGCGAGUCAGAGCCUCAGAUCACCUCUCCUCCCUAUGACACGUGGAACAUCACMGGGCAGGACGUCAUCUUCGGUUGUGAGGUCUUUGCCUACCCCAUGGCAUCCAUCGAGUGGAGGAAGGAUGGCACAGAGAUGCUGCUGCCUGGAGAUGACCCCCACAUCUCUGUCCAGUUCAGAGGCGGCCCCCAGAAAUACGAAGUGACAGGCUGGCUCCAGAUCCAGGGUGUGCGGGUGACGGAUGAGGGCACGUACCGCUGCUUYGCCAGGAACAGGGUCGGGGAGGUGGUGGCACUGGCCAGCCUGACCGUCUUCACACCAGACCAACUCAACCUGACAGACUUCUCCCUGCCGAAGGCCCACAUGGCACCUGAGGACUACGGGGAGAGCGAGGAGGACUACUACUAGCCCAGAGACAGCACGUCGGGCUGCAGAGAUCACCUUGCCCACAGUGACCCUUCCCUGGGGUUUGGGGACAUCUCUGGAAAAAGCACYCUCCGGCCCAAAACUCCUUCUCUGAGUAAUCCUGGCACACCAGCCUGGUUUUUGGGGUGGGGGGCAGGAUGACACAUCCUUUUGGGGUGCUGGGGGAUGGGAUACUGGCUGGUUGGUGCAAGGGCUSGGACAGGGGCAGCUCUGCCUGGAGCAGGGUGGGUCUGUCCUCUGGCACUGAGUGGAGACACAAAGGACACUGUGGGGACAGCUGUGCUGUGUGUGGAUGAGGACUUGGUGCUGGGGAUGGAGGCAGCCCUUUUUGGGAGAGUGAGGCCAAUGGUAUGAACCAUUUUUGGAGCAGAGAGCUGGGACCUGGCUGUGAUAACCGGUGUGUCACCCCCACGUUUACUCUGUAUCCCCCAAGCACAGAAACAUCCCGGCUUCUACCCAGAACCUGAGGAACCUGCUGCCAAARCAACCUUCUCUUCUGUUUUGUUUUUAACCAGAAAAGUAGUGAUUUGAGGAAACCAGACGCUUGUGGCUUUCAGUUGUGUCUUUACUCCAGCUGAAGCGCUCCAGUGGUCAGAAACACUUUGGCCUUUUUUUGACUGAYUUCAUGUUUUCCCUUCCAUGCCUUYGACUGACUUCAUGCUUUCCUUUGUCAUUUCAGUUGAUGUUAUUUAAAAUAUCCACGUAGGUCAAAGCCAAAGCUAGCCAAGGAAARUUAUGGGGGUGAGGGAGGCUGCAAACACUGUGGAUGUUUUGUUGUCGGCUGUGGGGUGCUUAAGCUGAGGAGGCCUCCUGCCCAUCCCAGUGUUCACAGCUCAUCCUGGUGUGGGACCUGCCCUUCUCACCCCACAUGGGGAUGGGGGAGAGCAGACCAUCUCCAGUGCCAUCAUUUGGAUGCAUCAGCCCAGAUCAUUGUACUCCCAUGUUCUUGGAUCCCAUCCCUCUGCUGCCCAUUUUCAUCUUGGGAUCUUGUGUUCUGUGACACUGGGGUCUCUACCCUGAUGUCCACUGCCCUGUGAAGUGUGGAGCAUCCCUGUUCCUAGUUGGCGAAGGACAAAGUUGCUCCAAUUUCCACUGGAAAUGCUAUAUUAAAAAAAAAUCCCAUCUACCUCCCCUACCUCCCAGAACUGGUCCAAACUCCAGAUUUAGACCAAACUUUUAUUUGGGGGGAACACAGGAAGGAAGCUCAGAGCUGCACUGUGCUGCUCAAAGCCCAGAGAUGGCUGUCAGCACCCCUGCCUAUGGGCAUUUUGGGGCUGAGCUCACAUUCAAGGGGGGCUUUAYCCCCCAAACCAGCAGCAUUUAUAAGACUUCUGGUGCUCAAAACCUCARUAUGGACCAAACCACUUCCAGUUACUCAGUCCCACCUCCAGGGAGGUCCAGAGCUGCAGCAGGGAGCCAGACCCCGUGAGGAAAGAAUUGGCCAGACCCCAGGCAGGAGCAGGCAGGAUGCAAUAAGGCUGGCGGCUCGGGUGCUGUGCUAUUCUCCUUCACAUGUUUUUUCUUUUCUUUUCUUCCUUUUUCUCUUGAGAGCUGGCUCAGACAACACAAUUACAGCACUGAAACCUGAACAAGCAAA